AUGGCCUCAUCAGACAAUACGCGCAAGGAUAUCAGACCAAUCCAGCGGUUCAUCACCACGCACACAUCCGAUGGCAAGACUACCUUUUCUGAUGCCAUAUCAGAAGAGGCCCCCUUUCAGACUCUUCCUGACAAUGUCGACUUUGCGCUCUGCUACGCCACGGAUCAGUUUCCCGUCGCACUAGAAAAUGGCCGAGACAUCGACACCUACCAACAUUAUACCCAGAAUCUACCUGGUAUAACCAUCCCAUCGGGCACUGUCUUGAGAGUAGUAGACAUGCCCCCAGGUGCAUUGUCUCCGAUGCAUCGCACCAUCAGCCUGGAUUUUGGAACCGUCCUCGAAGGCGAAGUCGACUUGAUCCUGGACUCCGGGGAAAAGCGGACGAUGAAAAGGGGCGAUAUUUCCGUCCAGAGGGGAACAAACCACGCUUGGAAGAAUAGGAGUGACACGUCGUGGGCAAGAAUGUUGUAUGUCUUACAACCGGCUGAGCGUCUGGUAAUUGGGGGCAAGGAAAUGACGGACAACUCGACAGACACAAUUCCGGGGUAUGACAAGGAUUGA